AUGUUUCCACAAUCAGGGAAGUCGAUUGUCUUUGACAACUUUCCAGAUCCUACUGACACCUGGGAAAUCAUCGAGACAAUCGGGAAAGGGACCUACGGGAAAGUCUACAAGGUGCUCAACAAAAUCGAUGGAAGCAAAGCAGCUGUGAAGAUACUGGAUCCCAUCCAUGAUAUCGAUGAGGAGAUCGAAGCAGAAUACAACAUCCUCAAGGCUCUGUCCGACCACUCCAAUGUUGUCAAGUUUUAUGGGAUGUACUACAAGAAGGAUGUGAAAUGUGGGGAUCAGCUGUGGCUCGUGUUGGAGCUCUGCAAUGGCGGCUCGGUGACAGAUCUGGCCAAAGGCAUGCUGAAGAGAGGGGACAGGAUGGAUGAAGCCAUUAUUGCGUACAUCUUGCACGAGGCCCUCAUGGGCCUCCAACACCUGCACAUCAACAAGACCAUCCACCGGGAUGUCAAAGGCAAUAACAUCCUAUUGACAACACAAGGAGGCAUCAAACUGGUGGACUUUGGUGUUUCAGCCCAGCUGACAAAUACCCGUCUGAGGAGGAACACCUCUGUGGGAACUCCCUUCUGGAUGGCUCCGGAGGUAAUAGCAUGUGAGCAGCAGCUGGACUCGACCUACGAUGCCCGUUGCGACGUCUGGUCCCUGGGCAUCACCGCCAUAGAGCUGGGAGAUGGAGACCCUCCCCUGUCUGACCUCCACCCAAUGAGAGCCCUGUUUAAGAUACCCAGAAACCCUCCGCCUACUCUCCACCAGCCGGAGCUCUGGUCAGAUGACUUUAAUGACUUCAUCUGCAAAUGUCUGAUUAAGGACUUUGAGCUGAGACCAAAUGUGCUAGACCUGCUCCAGCAUGUGUUCAUCAAACAGAUUGUUGGCAGAGAGAAAAUCCUGCAGAAACAAUUGAUUGAACUCAUUGAUCUCAACCAGCAAAUAGGAGUGAUUGAAAAAACAAGCUAUCAUGGAAAGACAGACAGAAGCACAGACAGUAAUGACAGUUCCAGGCAUGAACGUAUCCACACUAAAAAAGGAAGCCACAUGAAGACUCAGAGUGACGCAGAAGAGGUGGACGACCUCGCCACUCUGGAAGUUCUAGACGAGAACACGGUUACAGAGCAGCUUCAGAGCCGAUAUGGCAGAGAUCAGAUUUACACGUAUGUGGGAGACAUCCUCAUCGCAGUUAAUCCUUUCCAUAAGAUGGAGAUUUACACUCCUCAGAAUACUAAGAUGUACAUAGGAGCUAAGCGCACUGCCAACCCUCCACACAUCUUCGCUGUGGCUGAUAUUGCCUACCAGUCUAUGGUGUCAUACAACACGGAUCAGUGUGUUGUGAUCAGCGGGGAAAGUGGAGCAGGGAAAACAGAGAGCGCUCAUCUGUUGGUGCAGCAGCUGACGGUUCUCGGGAAGGCCAAUAAUCGGACUCUCCAGGAGAAGAUCCUGCUGGUCAACAGCCUGGUGGAGGCCUUCGGAAACGCCUGCACCGUCAUCAACGACAACUCCAGCCGCUUUGGCAAAUACCUGGAGAUGAAGUUCACCUGCGGGGGGACGGUGGUCGGGGCGCAGAUAUCCGAGUAUCUGCUGGAGAAAUCCAGAGUCAUCCACCAGGCGAUAGGGGAGAGAAACUUCCACAUCUUUUACUACAUUUACGCUGGUCUGGCUGACAGGAAGAAACUCGCCCACUACAAGCUCUCUGACAGCAAAACACCUAAGUAUCUGUGUAAUGAGCACAUUAAAUUAGGACCUGACAUCGUGAGCAACACCUUCUACAAGGAGCAGUUUGAUGCAGUGGAGCAGUGUUUCAAAGUCAUUGGAUUCACCCUGGAGGAGCUGGGCAGCGUUUACAGCACUCUGGCUGCCAUCCUCAACUCCGGCGAUAUCGAGUUCUCUCCAGUUGCCUCGGAGCACCAAACCGACAAGAGCAACAUCUCCAACAUUUCUGUCCUGGAGAACGUGGCAUCUCUGCUGCGUAUCCGCUCAGACGAGCUCCAGGAAGCCCUGACCUCCCACUGCGUCGUGGCCCGGGGCGAGACCAUCGUCAGGCCCAACACGGUGGAAAAAGCGGUGGAGGUGAGGGACGCCAUGGGCAAAGCUCUCUACGGCCGCCUCUUCAGCUGGAUUGUCAACCGAAUCAACACGCUGCUGCGGCCUGACAGCCACCUCGGAGAGGAUGACAAGGGCCUGAACAUCGGCAUCCUGGACAUCUUCGGUUUCGAGAACUUCAAGAAGAACUCCUUUGAGCAGCUCUGCAUCAACAUCGCCAACGAGCAGAUCCAGUUUUACUUCAACCAGCACAUAUUUGCUUGGGAACAGGACGAGUACCUGAAUGAAGAGGUGGACGCUCGGAUGAUCGAGUACGAGGACAACCGGCCGCUCCUGGACCUGUUCCUGCAGAAGCCCAUGGGGAUGCUCUCACUUCUCGAUGAAGAGAGUCGCUUUCCACAGGCCACCGACCAGACACUCGUAGAGAAAUUUGAGGAUAAUCUCAAGACAAAAAGCUUCUGGAGGCCAAAGAGGGUCGACCUCGGCUUCGGUAUUCACCACUAUGCUGGAAAGGUGAUUUACAACGCUGCAGGCUUCUUGGCCAAGAACAGAGAAACGCUGCCGGCCGACAUCGUCCUGCUCCUGAGGUCUUCAGAGAACGAACUCAUUCGCAAACUCGUCACCCAUCCUCUCACCAAAACAGGCAACCUUGCCCACACCAAGGGUAAAGGCAUAAACACAAUGCGGACUCCACGGACCCCGACACGCACCAUCACCUUCGCCAAGAUGGGAGUGCUAACCUUGUACAGUUCUUUUUCUUUCAGCGAGCCGGGUGAACCUGGAGACACGCCUUCACACCCGAGAGAAACCACCAAUAUGAGAACACAGACAGUGGCCUCUUAUUUCAGAUACUCUCUGAUGGACCUGCUGUCCAAGAUGGUGGCAGGGCAGCCUCACUUUGUGCGCUGCAUCAAACCCAACAACGAUCGACACGCUAACAAGUUCGACCGGGAGAAGGUUCUGGUUCAGCUGCGGUACACCGGCGUUCUGGAGACGGCCAAGAUCAGACGGCAGGGUUACUCUCACCGCAUCCUGUUUGCUAACUUCAUAAAGAGGUACUACAUCUUGGCUUUUCACGCUCACGAGGAGCCGGCUGUGACUCCAGAAACAUGUGCGGCCAUACUGGAGAAGGCCAAGCUGGAGAACUGGGCGAUGGGGAAGACUAAGGUGUUCCUCAAGUACUACCACGUUGAACAUCUGAAUCUGAUGGUGCAGCAGGCCACACAGCGGGUUGUCCUGCUCCAGGCUUGUGUUCGAGGCUGGCUGGGAGCCAAGCGGUACCGGCGGAUAUUAAAGGAGAGAGAACAGAGCGCGCUGGUGCUGCAGUCAGCUUACAGAGGUCAUAAAGCUCGGAAGAGGGUAGCUGAUGACAAAAGCAAAGCAAAGCUUGAGGCCUUUAUCAUCCAGUUUCAGGCUGUUUGCAGGGGCUAUCUUGCAAAAAAGAAAUACAAGGAGUUGGUAGACGAGAAGAACAAAGCAGCAACCAAGAUUCAGGCUCGCUACAGAGGGCACAAGGAGAGGAAAAGCUUCAAAAGAAAACGGGAAGCCCAAGAGAAAGAGAAAGCAGAGAAGGCUCUCAAAGAAAAAGAGGAACAGACGCCUGAACCAGAGAAAAGUACAGACGAAGAAAGUGCUUCAGCUCCAGAAAACGAAGCAAGCAACGAGGAAGAGGAAACUAAAGCUGCCGUGGUUCUUCAGAGCAACUUCAGGGGUUACAAGGAGAGGAAAAAGUUUAAGGAGAGGAAAAAGACGAUGGCCGGAUCCGAGCUAGAGAUACCAGACGCUGUGGAGGAAGAGAACCAGGAAGAAGAUGGCAAAGAACCGGCCAGCAAAGAAGAAGAAGGGAAAAAGACCACUGAUAACCAAGAGGAGAAUGAUGAAGAUGAAGAAAGCACUUAUAAAGCAGAAGAGAAUGAUGAUAGUGAUCACACUGAGGUGGCAGAUGAUGAGGAGAACACAGAAGUGGCAGAUGAAGCAGUUAUUGAGGACGCAGAUACUGGAAAAGAAGCUCAGGAGGAGAGUAAGGAGGAGGGUGAGGGGAGUGGACAGGAAAAGACUGCAGGGGAUGAAGCUGUCAACUUGGAAGAGGAAACCAAGGCAGCCACUGUUCUCCAGAGUAACUUCAGGGGUCACAAAGAAAGAAAGAGGUUGCAGGAAGAAGGCAAGAUUCCAGCAAAGAAGCAGAAAGCAAAUAGUCCUGCAGGUGAGGAAGAAGUGCCAGAAAAGGAGGAGACCGAAAAAGAAGCAUCACCUGAAGCUGAAGCAGAUGCUUCUGCAAGCGAUGUCAAGUCAGACGAUGCAGACGAGGCCAAAGCAGCUGUGGUGCUUCAAAGCAACUUCCGUGGCCACAAGGAGCGCAAGCGUCUCGAAGAGGAAGGAAAGAUUCCCAAGAAAAGGAAGAAGGAGCAAGAGGCUCCACCAGAACCUCCAAAAGAAGAACAGGUCAUGCAGACAGAAGAAUCAGUGCCAGAAUCCCAGGAGGACGUUUCUGCUGAGAACCCAGAGGGACUGGAUGAGGAGAAAGCAGCGACUGUCCUUCAGAGUAACUUCAGAGGCCAUCGGGACCGGAAGAAACUGAAAGCAGAGAAAGAAGCGAAACAGAAAGCAAAGGAGGAGACUCCCAAUGAUGCAGAGGAGGAAGCUAAAGAGGAGGCCGUGGAUGUUACCGAUGUGGUGAUAGAACAUAAGGACGAGACAGACGCUGAAAAAGAAAGACUGGAGGAGGAGCAGGCUGCAGUGAAGAUCCAGAGUAACUUCAGAGGGUACAAGGACAGGAAAAAUCUGAAGGCCAACAAGCAGACAGCGCAGAAUGAAUCCAAGCAGCUGGAGAGUUUCUCCAAGGAGAUCACAAGGUCUUCUCAGGACUUUCACGCCUUGCAGCAGAAGUUGAAUGAGAUCAUCCAGGCCCAUCAAUCAAACCCCGAGAACAAUGGCAUGUUUGUGAGAGGAAAACCAGUCAAUGGCUACGCUCCCCAGCAUCAGCAAUCAAUGUCUGACAAGAGACAGUCGAGAACCCCCCGCAGAACCCAACAGCCAAAGACCCUGAACACACCGGAGGACUCCACCUAUUACACCCUGAUUCAUCGGUCUGUCCAGGAUGACAAACGCAAGCCCAGGAAAGCAGAUCCAGGGAAACAGCUGGAUGUGGAUGACCAGUACUACCGGGCCCUGUCCACCAGCAGCUCCGAUCCCUCCAUGUCCACAGAGGCAGCUUCACCCAGCAGCAUGCCUGAGAGGAGGCAGUCUUCUGCAGAACUGAGACAGGCGGGUUCUAGUCGACACACCAGAGAGAGGGCCGUCACAGAACCAGAGGCUGCCAAACCUGCCAAAGACAACAGGCGUUCUGUUCCCAGGAUGUCCUCCACAGAGAGUCGCACCGAGGACAAUCCGUACGACUUCAGACACCUGCUGAGGAAGACCUCGCAGAGACGAAGACUCAUCAAACAGUACUGAACGCAGGGUGGAACAUUUUGGCCAUUUGGCACCGAAUCUGUCCAAAUUAUAUCAUGGUAUAUGAGCACAAACACGUAUUUAAUACAUUUGAUUGAAUACAGCUUCACAACACUUCUGCUGGAAAUGAAACU